AACACUUCCGCUAAACUUCCUCUACUUUACUUUCAAUGUUGACAGUCAGUAAACUAAUGAAAUCCACAGUUAACAGUCAGAUUAUCCAUUCAGUGCUUAUGUAAUACAAUUUCGCUCGUGUUUUAGCCGGAGUACUCGCCGCUUCAGCUAUAUGGGAAAUACUAAGCAGCUAGCCGCCUAGCCUGCAGUACAACUGCUGUGUGUGUGUAUGUGUGUGUGUGUGUGUGUGUGUGUGUGAGCAGAUCUUCCCUGGAAGCCAAGAUUAUGAUUGUCUCUGUGCGUUUGUUAUGGUUUUACUUGUUUUGAAUCACCUGUGCAGCAUGGAAUCUGAAGGAAUAGUCAUCCGGAUAAAGACACCUGUGGGGGACAUGGACUCAUUAGUGGAUUGUCCAUCACAUCUGAACUUCAAUGAUUUGCUGGCCGCGAUCAGGGAUGUCAUGCCUGAAGCCACAGUCACUGCUUUUGAAUAUGAGGAUGAAGUUGGGGACCGAAUCACAGUUCGCAGUGAUGAGGAACUCAAAGCCAUGCUGUCGUAUUACUGCAACACAGUGAUGGAGCAACGGAUCAAUGGACUGUUACCUGAGCCAUUACAGAUAUUUCCACGAGCCGGCAAGACCCCAGGGAUCCGGAACAUACACGGCCUGAAGGUGAACACGCGGCCUGAAUCCUCGAGUGGCAGGAGCUCCUCUGCGGCAGAUUCCCUGUCCAAUGAUAGUUUAAAAAAGUCUUCAGCUGAGCUUAAGAAGAUUUUGACAAACGGACAGAUAAAUGAACAUGACCUCCAGUACCAGGAGCAGCUUGGCCAUGGAAAUGGAGGAACAGUUUACAAAGCGUACCACAUGCUUGGGAAGAGAGUUCUAGCAGUGAAGGUUAUUCCUCUAGACAUCACAGUGGAGCUGCAGAAGCAGAUAAUGUCUGAGCUUGAGAUCCUUUAUAAGUGUGAUUCUCCAUACAUCAUAAAGUUCUACAGUGCAUUCUUUGUGGAGAACAGAAUAUCUAUAUGCACUGAGUUUAUGGAUGGUGGCUCUCUGGAUGUCUACUGGAGAAUUCCAGAGCAUGUCUUGGGCAGGAUUGCUGUAGCGGUGGUUAAAGGAUUAACUUACCUGUGGAGCCUGAAGAUUUUGCACCGAGAUGUGAAACCCUCCAACAUGCUGGUCAACACACGUGGUCAGAUCAAAUUGUGUGACUUUGGAGUCAGUACACAGUUGGUUAACUCCAUUGCUAAAACAUACGUUGGAACCAAUGCGUACAUGGCGCCAGAGCGGAUAUCAGGGGAGCAGUAUGGAAUUCACUCAGAUGUUUGGAGCGUAGGGAUCUCUUUCAUGGAGUUGGCACUGGGCUCUUUUCCAUACCCACAGAUUCAAAAGAACCAAGGCUCCUUAAUGCCACUUCAGUUAUUGCAGUGCAUUGUUGAUGAGAACCCGCCCGAACUUCCAGUUGGCCAGUUUAGUGAGAAAUUUGUCCACUUUAUUACACAAUGUAUGAGGAAGCAACCAAAAGAAAGACCUGCUCCUAACAACCUAAUGGACCACCCCUUCAUUGUGCAAUAUAAUGAUGGCAACACAGAGGUCGUGUCCAUGUGGGUGUGCCGCAGCCUAGAGGACCGCAAAGCUCAGCAGGCACAGAUGCUCAUGUGAAGAACAGUGGCACAGGACAGAAUUAUGGGAGUUGGUGUCCAAAUUUCCUCUCACUUUUCUAAUGAACCCAGAGAAGAAGCAGAUGAACUUGCAGCACCUCAAGUACAGCACCCCUCCCAACCCCGAGUUGUAAUGGUGCAUGGUCUGAGAACUGCCACGAGUCUGGUGCAGAUUAUGCAAGCAUUUAGCCUUAGGCCUGCAAAUGAGUAUUUUAACCAUGGUGGAUGAAUAUUGGUUUGCAUAAGCCCGAAUCUAGAUUUAUUUUCCCUCUUUGUGCUGAUUCCAAAGUAAAUGUUUUAACAGAAGAUCCUCAGAGGGUGCUGUUGCUUGUUCAACUCAAAUUUAGUUCCCAUGGAUUUCAUCUCUGUCUGUACUUAAAGCAACAGUCUGGUUUUACCAAAACAUUAUGGCUGUGUCAUAAAUCAUCUCAAGUUCAGUAAAACAUUUCAGUUUUUAAAAUUGAUGGGGUUGUGUCAAGCUCCCUGCUGCAGUGCAAGUGCACAUCAUGUGACUGUUGUUUUAUAAGCCACUUUUUGUCAAGUUUCACAAACGGCCUGCCAGUUGUGGAAAUACCCAAUUUAAGUUGGAAAAAUGUGAUGCUGCAAUGGCUUUUAGAUGUUAUAAUAGCAGCAGCCUGAAAUACUACAGUGGAACCCAAUGGGUUUUGUUCUUGCCCUGACCAUGUUUAAGCCCACUAAUGAGCUUUGUUUAAGUAGUUAAUUGAAAAUUAUUGCUUUGGCUGUUGCAUUAACUUAAAAAAAUCGUUCACCCAAAAAUGAAAUUUCUCUCAUCACUUACCUUCAUUCCAUCCAAGAUGUUGAAUGACUUUAUUUCUUCUGCAGAACACAAAGAUUUUUAGAAGAAUAUCUCCACUCUGAAUGUCGAUGCAAUGCAAUGUGAAGGGGUACCAACAUUUUGAAGCUCCAAAAUGCAUGUAAAGGAAGCAUAAAAGUAAUCCAUAGAACUACAGUGCUUUUAUGUACAGUAUUUGAUUAUAUCUUUUCAUGUGACAAAACUGAAGAAAUUACACUUUGCUACAAUGUAAAGUAGUGAGUGUACAGCUUGUAUAACAGUGUAAAUUUGCUGUCCCCUCAAAAUAACUCAACACACAGCCAUUAAUGUCUAAACUGCUGGCAACAAAAGUGUGUACACCCUUAAGUGAAAAUGUCCAAACUGGGCAAUAUUUUGUGUGGCCACCAUUAUAAUCCAGCACUGCUUUAACCCUCUUGGGCAUGGAGUUCACCAGAGCUUCACAGGUUACCACUGGAGUCCUCUUCCACUCCUCCAUGACGACAUCACGGAGCUGGUGGAUGUUAGAGACCUUCUUCUCCUCCACCUUCCGUUUGAGGAUGCCCCACAGAUGUUCAAUAGGGUUUAGGUCUGGAGACAUGCUUGACCAGUCCAUCACCUUCACCCUCAGCUUCUUUAGCAAGGCAGUGGUCGUCUUGGAGGUGUGUUUGGUUAUCAUGCUGGAAUACUGCCCUGCAGCCCAGUCUCCGAAGGGAGGGGAUCAUGCUCUGCUUCAGUAUGUCACAGUGCAUGUUGUCAUUCAUGGUUUCCCUCAAUGAACUGUAGCUCCCCAGUGCUGGCAAUACUCAUGCAGCCCCAGACCAUGACACUCCCACCACCAUGCUUGACUGUAGGCAAGACACACUUGUCUUUGUACUCCUCGCCUGGUUUCCACCACACAUGCUUGACACCAUCUGAACCAAAUAAGUUUAUCUUGGUCUCAUCAGACCACAGGACAUGGUUCCAGUAAUCCAUGUCGCUAGUCUGCUUGUCUUCAGCAAACUGUUUGUGGGCUUUCUUGUGCAUCAUCUUUAGAAGAGUCUUCCUUCUGGGACUACAGCCAUGCAGACCAGUUUGAUGCAGUGUGCGGCAUAUGGUCUGAUCACUGACAGGCUGACACCCCCAUCCCUUCAACCUCUGCAGCAAUGCUGGCAGCACUCAUACGUCUAUAUCCCAAAGACAACCUCUGGAUAUGACGCUGAGCACGUGAAUUCAACUUCUUUGGUCGAUCAUGGCGAGGCCUGUUCUGAGUGGAACCUGUCCUGUUAAAGCACUGUAUGGUCUUAGCCACCAUGCUGCAGCUCAGUGUCAGUGUCUUGGCAAUCUUCUUAUAGCCUAGGCCAUCUUAAUGUAGAGCAACAAUUCUUUUUUUCAGAACCUCAGAGAGUUCUUUGCCAUGAGGUGCCAUGUUGAACUUCCAGUGACCAGUAUAAGGAAGUGUGAGAGCGAUGACACCAAAUUUAACACACCUGCUACCCGUUUACACAUAAAUUAUGAAAGAAUUUUCAUUUUUGGGUGAAUUAUCCCUUAAAUGCACCAGUACACUUCAGAUAGGUUAAGCAAAUUAGAUGAGUAUUUUCCCUUUACACCGUUGAAAAAAUCUAAUAUGGAUCGGUCCUUACCUAAAGUGCUGACAUGCAAUAGCUUUGUAAAAUGCAGACGCACCACUGAAUUCUCUUGGUAGAUCACAUUAGCAUAGUGCUAAAAUUGUACCUAUUCAUUCACACAGAGAGUCUUGGCACAGCAGUUUCAUGCUGCUCAUUCCCCCAUUUGGAUAACCGUAGCACAAUAUUAGUGCAAGUAAGAUUCUACAAAGGUAACAAUGAUAAGACAAUGCCACAGCAGUCACAUAACGGUAUGCUGUGUAACAGGUCUAAAUUGAUUGACCAGCUGUUCUGGGUUGACCAAAGCAAAUCAGCACACCUUCUGUGAUACUCUUUCUGUCAUGCACUGCAGGGGAAAGCAUCAUCCUACAUAGACCCACUAAAAACCUGACAGCUGUUGGCAAGUAUGGUCCUUACAUAAACCACACUGAGUCAUCACAUAUGCCUUCUCUUCUGAUAAUGUUCAAUACUAUCAGUGUUUCUCAAUGGAUGAUGCUUUUAGUCAAGUGCUAGAUACUUUUUAUUAGGAUAUUAAUGUGGUUCUUCAGUGCCUGUGUCUAUUGAGGAAAAGAUUUGAGAACUAUUAUAACAAUGGAUUACGGUCAUUUUAUAUGAUGAUAGCAAAUGUGUAUAGUGCUUAUUGAGAUUUAUACUCCUUAUACGUUACAGAAAAUGUAAUUGUCACAUACCAAAGCCAAAUACAUUGUUGUUUUUUUCUAAGUUAUAUUAUUUGUUACAACAAGUUUCUUUGCACCUGUUUCUUAAUUUGUACAACUGUCACAAAUGUAUUUCUCAAAUAAUUAUAAUCUGAUAAUAGGCCAAAACCUAAGGAGUGGUUUGGCUAAGGUAUAUGUCAGAUCUGUGAAGAACAAAAACAUUUAUGUGACUUCAUAUUUCAGUUGAUGUGAGGUUUGCUAAAUAAAACU